GAGAACUAAAACGUACAGGAUGCCGGCCCUCCAGGACCCACUUUGGAGACCCCUGCUCUAAAUAAACAUUUUUAUUUAUUCCUUGAAAACUCGGUUAGAAUAAAAUGAUAAAGACGGUGUCUUUAAAAGCUGCCAACCUUUUCAGUGAUUUAUUACAUACAUUUCUGAAUUUCUCUAGUCUGUUUUUCCUGGGAUUUAUGUGAUAGAACAACACAACAUGGUGCAGAACUGAGAAAAAUCAUGCUUUUCAACAUUUCUACAGAGAAAAUCUGUAAAGUGUGGUGUGUGUUUGUAUCCAUCACAGCAUGAUGCUGCCACCACUUUGUUUGACCAUGGCGAAGGUGUGUUCAGGGUGAUGCGCGGUGUUGGUUUUUCUCCUCUCAGUGUUUGCAUGUAGGUUAAAAAGUAGCAGAGCCUUCUUCUGCUAGCGGUUUCUCCUCCAUGGCUUCUGUCUUCUGGAUUUCUUAAAUUGAUUAUUUUGUUCUUAGCAAAUUGAUUAACGGGUUCUACUGGAUUUUCUUUCUAAAUGAAGUCACUCUGUGUUGCUCUGUUACAUAAAAUCACAUUAAAAAACCAGAAGAAUUAAAGAGGAAAUUAGAAAUAACACUGAGGCAAUACAGGGUGGCCCACGAAAAAGUAGCCCGCCUUCCUGCCAGAGAGGCAAGAAGGCGAUUCAGAGCAUUGGUGCCCCUGAGUUGCGUUGCGUAUAUGACGGUAUAUUAAGGCGCGCCCAAAACUGCAUUGACGCACCAGGGGAUCAUUUCCAGCACUUUCUGUGAAGAGUGAGUAAAGAUUUUGCCAUUUCAAGUUCUUUCUUUUUUUUACGGAAGGCCGGCAGUAAUACUAUAGUAACGCGGGCCACCCUGGAUUUAUUCUGUUUUGGCCAGUUUUUAUAAAUAUUGCCAUAAAUCUUGUAACUAAUAAUCUAGUUUUAAAGCAAACUGAAACUACAGGUACUGUCUCUUUAAAUGACACGUUUCUCACACAAGUUUUUUUUAAUGAGAAAAGCAGCUGGAAGAAACUCGGACAGGACCUCAGCUCCACGCUGUCAGAACCGGAGCAGAUGUUCUGCUGCCACCAGAGCAGAACCCAUAGAACCCGAGUGGAGUUGGUUCAGAUCAACACGCUGCAGGUUCCGAGCUAUUCUUCUGUUGGGAUGGAUACUGUUCUCCCAAUGGAUCACCUGGUUCUGCCCGGUCCUCCUCAGAGCUUCUCUUCCCGUUUCAGAUGCCACAGACCAGCUGGAGCAGAAGGUCACAGAGUUCUUCGUCAACGCCAAGAAGAACAAGCCGGAGUGGAGAGAGGAGCAGAUGGAGAUCAUCAAGAAGGACUACUACAAAGCUCUGGAGGACGCUGAUGAGAAGGUGCAGCUGGCCAAUCAGAUUUAUGAUCUGGUGGACCGGCACCUGAGGAAACUGGACCAGGAACUGGCCAAGUUCAAGAUGGAGCUGGAGGCUGACAACGCUGGGAUCACCGAGAUCCUGGAGAGACGGUCUCUGGAGAUGGACAGUCCGUCUCAGCCCGUCAACAACCACCAUGUCCACUCCCACAGCAGCUCAGAGAAGAGGAAGUACAGCGCCCCGACCCACCACACCACCGAACACGUUCCAGAGAAGAAGUUCAAGUCUGAAGCUCUGCUGUCCACACUCACAUCGGACGCCUCCAAGGAGAACACACCAGGUUGCCGUGCCAACAGCACAUCCUCGUCCACCAACAGCGUCUACAGCGUGAACCCGUCCCAGCCGCUGGCGUCCUACAGUCUGUCCUCGCUACCCGCCGGGCCUGGUGCCGGUGCCGGCGCCAUCACCAUGGCGGCGGCUCAGGCCGUCCAAGCCACAGCUCAGAUGAAGGAGGGCCGACGGACCUCCAGCCUGAAGGCGAGUUACGAGGCGAUCAAGAACAACGACUUCCAGCUGGGUCGGGAGUUCUCUCUGACCCGGGAGAACUCGGGCUACUCUUCAUCGGCGCUGGCCUCCACCCUGACCCAGAACCUGACCCCCAGCGCCGCCUCCGACUCCCGCGGACGCAAGUCCAAGAGCUCCAUCAAGUCUUCCAACCACCAAUCGUCUUCGUCAUCAUCCUCUUCCUCGCUGUCUUCCUGCUCGUCUUCGUCGGCGCUGGCCCAGGAGCUUUCCCAGCAGGCUGCGGUUCUGCCAGAGGCCGACGCCAACAGCCAGGUGGACUGGACCUACGACCCCAACGAGCCGCGCUACUGCAUCUGCAACCAGGUUUCCUAUGGAGAGAUGGUCGGCUGUGACAACACAGAUUGCCCCAUCGAAUGGUUCCACUACGGCUGCGUGGGCCUGACCGAGGCUCCCAAGGGGAAGUGGUUCUGCCCCCAGUGCACGGCCGCCAUGAAGAGGAGGGGCAGCCGUCACAAAUAGACCAAUCACACAGUUUGGACUGUUUCCCAUCAGACUUUGCUCCCUCACUGCAACUAAAAGAACUACAAACUCUACUGGACUACAACUAUGGAGGCCUCUGUGGCUCAAAUGGACAGUUUCUGAAUGUAGUGUGUGUGUGUGUGUGUGUGAGGUAAAUAAACUGAGGAUGUUUUCUA